UUCUGAGUUCAUCUUCUUCCCACAGAUCCUCCUCCCCUGAACCCUAAUUUACUCAUCAAAUCUCCAGAUUCAAUCAGAUGCUAUAUCUCCGCCGAAUACUCUCCUAAGAGUCCUUUGUAGAGCAGAUUCGUUGCUAUGAAGGAAGAGUUUGUUCCCGGCGGUGGCGGGAUCAGUUCCGUUAAGCGGAUGGCUGCCGACGGCGGCGAGAGGAGUAGGAUUGGCUGUAAGCGAAUCAAAACGACGCUAGUCAAUGGUUUUAUUGUUUACACUAGAACAAAGAGGAAUAAACUGGCUAAGGCUAACGAAGAAGAUGAGAUAAGGAUCGCAGAUAGUCUUCAGGAGUUGAAACCGAGUGCUGGCGUUAUAAUGAAUGAUCCAAUAGCUGAAACUAACGUCACUGAGAGUUCUUGCGUUAAUAAUACUGUUGUUGAGAGCCUUGUGGAGAGAACUGCUAUGGAAGAGCGGUUAGUUACUACGAGCUUAGCUGAAACUAACAUCAAUGAGAGUUCUUGCGUUAACAAUACUAUUGUUGAGAGCCUUGUGGAGAGAACUGAUACGGAAGAGCGGUUAGUUACUAACAGCUUAGCUGAAACAAACGUCACUAGGAGUUCUUGCGUUAACAAUACAGUUGUUGAGAGCUUUUUGGAGAGAACUGAGACGGAAGAGCGGUUAGUUACUGGAAACUUAGCUGAAACUAACGUCACUGCGAGUUCUUGCGUUAACCAUACUGUUGUUGAGAGCCUUGUGGAGAGAACUGCUAUGGAAGAGCGCUUAGUUACUGGGAGCUUAGCUGAAAUUAACGUCGCUGAGAGCUCUUGCGUUAACAAUACAUUUGUUGAGAGGCUUGUGGUGAGAACUGCUGCGCAAGAGCGGUUAGUUAGUGGCAGCUUAGUUGAACCUAACAUCACUGAGAGUUCUUGCGUUAACGAUACUGUUGUUGAGAGCCUUGUGGAGAGAACUGAUACGGAAGAGUGCUUAGUUACUGGCAGCUUAGCUGAAACUAACCUCACUGAGAGUUCUUUCUUUAUAAAUACUGUUGUUGAGAGCCUUGUGGAGAGAACUGAUCCGGAAGAGCGGUUAGUUACCGGCAGCUUAGCUGAAAUUAUGGCGGCUGAUAAGUUCAGAGAAGUGGAUACUGAGUGUGGAAGUAGUUGCUCAUUAGUUGAUGUUGUGAUUGAUGAUAUACAGUUUGAAGAAUUGUUACAUGAAGCGAUUCCGGUAGAGAUUUUGCCCGAAGGGAGCUUGAAUUUUGAGGUAGGGAGAGUAGGAGGGUCAUAUUUGGCGUCAAAGACGAAUAGGCAUGGAUCUUUUAAGCGUACAAAAAAGAUGUGUAAAUCGCUUUUGAGACUGAAGAAGGUUAACAGGUUUGUGCCUAAGGAUGCAGAGGUUCUGGCAGAAUCAGAAUUGGAUGGUGAGGGGUUAGAUGAACAGAAUCGUUCUAUGAGUCUGGCUGGCAUUCCCACUGUAAUCCGCAAAAGGCCAGAUACAGUGAGGGAACUUUUUGAGACCGGUAUACUUGAUGGUGUUUCGGUGGUUUACAUGGGGACUUCUCAGUCUCAAGGCUUUGGUCUCCGUGGCAUCAUUACAGAUGGUGGAAUUUUGUGUUCGUGUUCCUCCUGUGAUUGGGCUAAUGUCAUUACAACUUCCCAAUUUGAGAUUCAUGCUAAUAAGCAAUACAAACGAGCAUCACAAUAUAUUUGCUUUGAGAAUGGUAAGAGCCUGCUAGAUGUUCUGAAGAUUUGUAGGAACGCUCCUCUACAUUCUCUUCGAGCAAAAGUUCUUGAUGCAGUUAAUGGUGCGUCUAAAGAAAAAUGCUUCACCUGUAAAAGAUGCAAAGGCGUGUACCCUUUACCCUCUCUUGGCCAUAGAGGUUUACUGUGUUUGUCAUGCUCAGAGAUAGAAAAUUCUCAGGCUAACUCUGCUGCUACAAGGACCCCAACUAGUACUCCUGCGUGCAUAACAUCUCUGGCUAAGAGCAGAUGGAAGAUAACAAGAAAGCGAUCAGUAUCCACAAUAAAAUCUCCUCUAUCUAUAUCACCACUGGGAAAUGGCACUCAGGAGAUCACAAGAAAGGCAUUACGUCAAGCUUUGGUUGGGAAGGCUCUCAGUGCAUCUACAGAUAUAUCUUCACAUAAUAGGUGCAGAUCUGAGUUAAAGAUGUUAGGCCAACAUUCUGUGAUCCCCAAGGCUUUAAAAAGCGUGCCCCUUUCUUCUUCUUCGAAAAAGAGGAGUUGUAGAACAACGAGAAGGGAUCAGGGAUUGCAUAAGUUAGUGUUUGAGAAAGAGGGAUUACCAGAUGGAACUGAACUAGGAUAUUAUGUCCGCGGACAGAAAUUGCUCGGAGGCCACAAAAUGGGUGCUGGAAUUUACUGUUACUGCUGCAAGUGUGAGGUGAGCCCAUCCGUGUUCGAAGCUCAUGCAGGCUGGACAUCUCGCAGAAAACCUUAUUUUUACAUAUAUACAUCUAAUGGCAUCUCUCUUCACGAAUGGGCAAUGACUUUCUCACAAGGCCGGAAAUAUUCUCCUAAUGAAAAUGACGACUUGUGUGUCAUUUGCGCUGAUGGUGGAAAUCUUUUGCGCUGUGAUAGCUGCCCAAGAGCCUUCCACAUAGAAUGUGUUUCCCUUCCAAGUAUUCCUCGUGGUAACUGGCAUUGCAAAUACUGUGAGAAAAAUUCCAAGAGCGAGACUAUUGGAGAGUACAAUGUUAAUUCUUCUGCACCUGAUCAACUCGAAGGAGUUGAUCAUGCUGAUCAGUUAGCUGGACGAUGCAUUCGAGUUGUCAAGAACAUGGAAGCUGAAACAAAUGGGUGUGUACUAUGCAGUGGUUCCGAUUUUUGCAGAUCCGGAUUCGGGCCACGAACAAUCAUAAUAUGUGAUCAGUGUGAAAAGGAGUACCACAUUGGAUGUCUGAGUAGUCAUAACAUUGUGGAUUUAAAGGAAUUACCUAAAGGAAAUUGGUUUUGCUCUAUGGACUGUACGAGGAUCAACUCCACUUUGCAGAAGUUACUGCUUGGUGGGGCGGAGAAUAUUUCAGAUUCUUCUUUGGAAAUAAUACGCAUGAAGCAAGGAAUUACUAAUGUUGAUUUCGUCAGUCAUCUUGACAUCAGAUGGAGACUGAUCAGCGGCAAAGUUACUUCUCCUGAAAGUCGGAUGUUGCUGUCUCAGGCAUUGGCUAUUUUUCAUGAUUGCUUUGAUCCUAUAGUUGAUCCAGUUUCUGGGCGCAACCUUAUCCCAAGAAUGGUUUAUGGGAAGAGUAUGCAAGGACAAGAUUACGGGGGAAUCUGCUGUGCUGUUUUGACUGUGAACGCAACUGUUGUUUCUGCUGGACUACUACGAGUAUUUGGCCGAGAGGUUGCAGAACUUCCAUUAGUUGCAACACGCAUGUGCAGCCGAGAGAAGGGCUACUUUCAAUUGCUAUUUUCCUGCGUUGAGAAGCUACUCUCAUUCCUGAAUGUUGAAAGCAUCAUGGUUCCAGCAGCUGAAGAGGCUGAGCCCUUAUGGAUGAACAAAUUUGGUUUCAGAAAACUUGCACCUGAACAGCUCAGCAAGUAUGUAAAGGUGAGCUACCAAAUGGUGAGGUUCAAAGGAGCAUCCAUGCUGCAGAAACCGGUUCAUUCACACCAAAUCACUGACAAGAAAAUCGAGGCGGAAGACAAUUUUGAUUUGAAACAACCCAAGGAGUAAGUAGUUAAAGACCUGUGUGUAUAUUUUGUAGUUGAGAAACAAAACUCUUUUUGUUUACUUUUUUAGAUUCAUAUUUUACCUUUCGUCUUACUGGAAAGAAAUAUUUUAAGAAAAACAAAAUGCUAUAAUUUGGAUUUACAUUAACAUUGUUUAUUUCAAUUUCUCCUCAUUGUGGUCCACGUUUAUUCAAAUACUACACGAUAAGUAUUAUAAAACAUCU